AUGGAGGAAGGCCGGUGGGAGUCUCCGGUGGCCAUCGGUGGAAAGGAAACUCCUACAAUUUUGCAAAUUUCUUCAAAAGUGCAACCGAAUCCCUUAUUUGUUGCAGUUCAAAGAGAUAUGCAAUCAAUGCUCCCAAAUCAAUCCAAUCAGAAUUUUCAAAUUUCAAACGAGAUCAAUCUUCAUGAUCCCGCAACAAAUCCCGUAAUCAAUGAUCAAUCUUCAACGAAAUCAACUCAAGAUCUAGCAAGCCAAUCAAAUUCGGACUUUCAAAUUUUAAACGACUCGCAAUCAGUGGAAAUAUCUCCAAGCAAUCCCGCAACAAGCGAUCCCGCAAUCAAUGCUCCUGCUAUUCCACAAUCUCUGUCCUCAUAUUCUGAAGAUGCAUCUCAAAGAAGAACAGAGAUGAUCAAAACAGAAGUAACUGGACACAGAUCUGGAUUAAGGAAAGAAAACGCCAUGUUUCUGUGA